AUGCCUGUCCAACAGAUUAACAAGACGGCCAACGUUGAGCAUCGGAUCAGGCAUCGAAGAGCCCGAGCGGCUUGUCAGGAGUGCCGAAUCAGAAAGAUACGCUGCGAUGUCGUCGAACAUGGGGUGCCUUGUUCGAACUGCUCAGGCGUGCCCGGAGUGUCAUGCGUCUUACGCCGAAGGAAGACGUCGAAAAGCCAGAGCGACGAAAGCCCACCGGACGAACAUGACCAACGGCUGCGUGAGAGAUGCCACAGUUUCCAAGCAAUUGACCCAGAGAACAUGGACGAUGAGUCUUCAUUCAGAACUCCUCUCCCCGGUCAAGGCCAGUCUGCUGCGUUCUCGACGCUUGGUGACCAGCCCACCUGGGCCGCGUUAGGAGACAUCUCAACUCAGAACACAUGGACUGGAGACGACUCCUUCCCGGCCCAGCAUCUCACAGCAGACCCAGGCUCAGCCAGUACAGGCAUCGACUUUAGUCAUUUACUUGACAUCGACGAUAUCUUCGCCUUCACUCGAGAAAAUGCAUUGCCUGGAUGCACUGGCGUUGACAGUGGCGAUCCUUGGUCUGGGACAUAUGUCCAGCAAUAUUUGAGUCCGUCUUCUGUUCGAAACUCCGUAAGUGGAAAUGAGACCAAUGAAAAGGACCGGGCUCCAUCUAUCCAUGUGCCUGGUCUCUCGACGUCGGAGGAACAAUAUCUUCAACGUGAAGGUUGUCUACAGCUUCCACCGACUGGCGUGCUAAGGCAGAUGAUCUGGUCCUACUUCUAUAUGGUCCACCCUGCGCUUCCUGUCGUGGCUGAAGAUCAAGUCUGGUCACUGUGGGAAGGUGAUACUUUCAGACUUGGGACCUUCUCGUUCCUUCUCAUGCGAGCAAUGGUGUUCGCUGCGACAAACUUUGUCGAACUCGACAUCUUGACGGCGAUGAGAUAUCAAAGUAAACGGGAUGCUAGAGUCUCUUUCUACAAACAGGCCAAGAUAUUCUUCGACAUGGGAAUCGAGAGAGAUCCGAUUGCUCUGGCACAGAGCUGCCUCUUGCUAACCUACUACGCACCAACGUACAACUCGUUACGAGUCAACUCGUUCUGGCUAAGGACCGCAGUACACUUUGCCCAGAUUGCCGGAGCAAAUCGCCACUACCGUCCUCGAGGUCCGGACACGACAAAAUCGAGCCUGCUCAAACGUAUCUGGUGGGGCGUCAUAUUGCGAGAUCGUAUCCUCUCGCUUGGUCUGCGCAGGACCUCCCAAAUCGUUCUUACUUCGUCGUGGAGCGACCAGUCCAGUCUACUGAACGCUAGUGACUUCGACUCGGAACUAGGACGUUCGGCCGUUCACAGCUUAGACGCCCAGCAUCGAAUCAUAGAAGUCAUCUCGACGACGUGCAGGCUUAUGCAGCACCUCACCGAUGCUCUCGAUCUGUACCGUCACGAGAGUCUCGAAGAGCGUCUCGAACAUGCCGAGUCGUCACUAGCAACCAGCGUCAACCACAUACAACGAGCGCUUAUGAGCUUGAGAAUCUGGUACGAUCAAGCCAUUGCGGACUUCCCCUUCCCAAUCGGCCUCGACGAUGCCGAUGAGACUCCCUCGAUCUGCAUAUGCGCCAACAUGAUGUUUUGCUACUACUCGAGCGCAGUCUUCGCGCUCAACCAGCAUCUGAUUCUGUUGGCCGAGACGUUCCCCAGCGCGAGGACGCUCUUCUCCGUCGAUCAAACCCGAGAGUCGCUGGAGAGCUCAAACAAGGACGUAGGACAACGAAUCCAGGAGUUCGUUCAGGUCCGCCUGGUCAAAUACUUACCCAUCAGCGCGUCAGCCUUCAUCGCCAUUCCGCUUGUUCUCCAAGCCAUCAAUGUGGCAGCCGUUCGUGGAGCCAAGACCGAAGCAAUUGAGAACCGGCGUCUCCAGAUCUUCACUCGCACUCUGCAAGCCCAACAAGACCACUUCGAUGGCUCUGAUUUCUGCGCGGAUGUCUUGUCCAAUAUCGUCGCCUACGCGUUGAAAGACGAGAAAUUCCAGAGCUCGAUGGCGAACUGGCGAGAUGGCAGGAAUGGCAGUGCGAACGACUCCUCUUCGGUGUCUUCUUCAAGUGGUCAGGGGAAAGUCAAACUCGACUGGGCGAAUCUCGUCUACCGGCGGCCAAGGCUAUUCUUGAGACUGAUGCUGUAUCUAGACUAUGCGCUUUGUACAGGUGGACCACCUCAAGAGGAGGACUUCCCAUUGGUGUUGAGAGAGAGCACGGCGUGA